AUGGGUAAACCAGAAAAGUUCGAUUGUGUCAAGCUCACUGAGCACAAAACCCGCACUACAAUGGUUACUAAGUCGUUGCUCACAUCAGUCGGAGAAAAAUCCACCAAUCGGGAAACGAAUGCCAUCUCCACCGGUCCUAGAGUUGUUAGGAUAUCAGUGACUGAUGCCUAUGCAACUGAUUCUUCCGGAGACGAAGGGGGUGAGUGUGAUGGCCGGCGCAGAGUGAGGAAGUUUGUUAAUGAAGUUACAAUCGAGACUCGUUCGCGAGAAGAUUUGAGAAACGGGAAUGGAAACAAAAGCGUGAGUAGAACGGCGUCUAGUCGGAGGAAGAAAGUCGUCGGAAAAGUUAACUCCACGGCGGAGAAGAGGUUAAAAGUUAAUACAGGUAAAAGGUUUCGCGGCGUAAGACAACGACCGUGGGGGAAAUGGGCGGCUGAAAUCAGAGAUCCGAUGCGACGUAUACGGCUGUGGCUGGGUACAUAUGAUACUGCAGAAGAAGCUGCCAUGGUCUACGACCACGCUGCUAUCCAACUACGUGGACCCGACGCGCUUACUAACUUCACUGUGCCACCACCUGCAACUCUCCAGUUACCGGAGAAGAAGCCCUCUUCGGUGACUUCUGAUUACAACUCCGGCGACGACUCUCACAAUAACAAAGCGGCAUCUCCGAAAUCUGUUCUACGCUUCGCCUCCCCUUCCACAGACGACUCAACCACCGAAUCAACUCAUAACGACGCUGGAAACGAAGCUUCAGAUACCACCAAAGAUGAUGAUGCAUCGGCGUUGGAGAAGUUCUCCGGUUUCCAUGCUUUUGACGCUCCUCUUUCCACCUCCGAUCUGUUCGAUUUCCCGGACAUCAUACCCGGCAUGUUCGACCCUACAAGCCUGUCUGGUACUCCGUUUCAAGACUCCGAUCCUGUGAACAUGUUCAUCGAUUCCGCCAUUGAUGUCGGGUUUGGUGCUUGGCCCGCUGAUGAUUACUUUAAUGAUUUUGGAGAUAUAUUCGGGUCGGAUCCGCUCGUUUCUCUCUAG